AUGCUCGCCCGAUCCACCACGGACACCAGCCCCGACGCGUGGGCGGCUGCGCUCGCUGCGCUCUGCUCGCUCGCCGACGCCGCCGUCGCCGGCGGCGCGCCGCCGCCGGCCAAGGCUGCGAGCCUGCUCUGCCGGCAGGCGGCGCGGCUGAGCGCCGCCUUCCCCGCCACGUCGUUCCUGCACGUCGAGGCGCGCGAGGUGCUGCCGCUGCUCGAGCUUCCCGAGCCGCUCAUCGCCCACGUCGUGUCCCACCUCGCGACGAUCGGCGACAUGGCGUCGUUUGGCUGCCUCUGCACCGCCACCGCGGCGGCGCUCGGGCACGCGUGCGAGGUGCGCGCCGAGCGGCGCGGCUCGCGCCUGCCCGCGCUGCUCGCCGCCGAGCGGCCGCUCGACGCGCUCCGCUUUGUCGAGGCGCUCUGCGCGCAGCCGCCGACCACCAUCGCCGCCGGCUCGGCGCACACGCUCGCCACCGCACCGGGCGGAGGGGCGUGGAGCUGCGGCGGCGACUCGCUCGGGGAGCGCGGCUUCCUCGGCCACCUCGGCCACGGCGCGCCGCACGCCCCGCCCCGCCCGCUUCCCGCGGGCACACGCGAGCUGUACGGCGCGCCAGUCUGCUUCCCGCGCCGCGUCGCGCGGGCGGGAGGCGGGCUCGAGGCGGCUGCGUGCGAGGCGGCGGUGCGCGAGGUGGCGGCGCGAGGCUACGUCUCGCUCCUCCUCACCGCCGACGGCGCCGUCUUCUCCUGGGGCUGGAACGGGGACGGCCGCCUCGCGCACAAGGCCGCCCCCGGCGCCGCGGCCGGGGGCGAGGAGGCGCCGCUCAAGAGCGAGCACCUCCCGCUGCCGCGCCGGCUCGCCGGCCUCGGCGGCGUGGCCGUCGCGCGCGUCUCGUGCGGCGAGCGGCACGGCCUCGCCCUCUGCCGCGCCGGCGCCGCCUGCUCGUGGCGCGACGGCCGAACUCAAGGCGCCGAGUUGAGACGAGCCGCCGGCCCGUCGCCGCCGGCCAGGACGCCGAGCGAGACGCGCGCGCGCGCGCCCGGCCCGGUGUGCGCGCUCUCGCACACGCGCGUGGUGGACGUGUCUGCGGGCGGGCUGCACUCCCUCGCCGUCUCGGAGCAGGGCGAGCUCUUCUCGUGGGGCGCCGGCCGGAGCGGCAAGCUGGGCCACGGCGACGAGGAGAUGCGGCCGCUUCCGACGGCCGUGCGGGCGCUCGAGGGGCGGCGGAUCGUGCGCGCGUGCGCGGGUGACUCCCAUUCGCUCGUCCUCGGCGCAAACGGCACCCUGUACUCGUUUGGGCUCGGCGAGGGCGGCCGGCUGGGGCACGGCUCCGAGGAGCGGCUGCUGACUCCGGCGCCCGUCACCGCGCUGCUGCGCGCGGGCGCCGUCUGCGGGAUGGGGGUUGGGUCGUACCACUCAAUCGUGCUCGUGAGGCCGUGGCCCGGCGGCGCGAGCGCGCAGAAGCGCGCCGCGGGCAACGACGCGACCGAGACCGCGCGGAGCAACUGCUUGACGUCCGAGGCCCCGGAGGCGAAGCGCGCCGCGGUGCUGUCCUUGCACGCCGCGAUCGAUGCGAUGGAGCCGCCGGACGGCGCGGAGCCGGCCGGCGACGCGGACGCGAGCGAGGCGACGCUCGUGUACACGUUUGGCGACGGCGCGUACGGCAAGCUCGGCCACGGCGACACGGCCGACCAGCUCUACCCGCGGCUGGUUCGCUCUCUGGGCGAGGGCGUGGCGGAGGUCGCCGCGGGCUACCAGCACUCGGCCGUGCGCACGCGGCGGGGCGGCGUGCUGACCGCGGGCAUCGGCUGGAAGGGGCAGCUCGGCACCGCCGACCUGGGCGCGGGCCGCGAGGCGCUCGGCAUGGCCCCCGACUUUUACCACGCACGCGAGUUCCAGCCGGUGGGCGCCGAGCCAAGCUGCAGUAGUAGAUGUGCGAGAUGAGACGCCCAUAUGACGCUCAUGCAUGGAGUCCGAGGGGCUCGAAGGGGCGCGGAGCGCCGCGCGCGGAGUGCGUCCCCGAAGGACAAUCAAAAGCGAACUUUAGCUCCUGAGUCCUGUGCCUGUGGCUGUGCCCCGCAGAGUAGUGGUGUAGACUAUGACAGUUAGUAAGAGAC